AUGAAACACCCCGAGUCAGCAACGACAGUGUUCCUGGACCAACCACCCAGCUGCCUAGAAUUCUGCCCCGACCUCCCAGACUAUUUUAUCGUGGGCACAUACCUCCUAUCGGAAACCAAGAGCGAAGAUGGAGAGAUCGAACAGUCCAAAACUGGGAGUCUCCAGCUAUGGAAACUAGAUCCGGCCAGCAAAGCACUAUCCCAAAUCCAAAGCAUCCCUGUCCCAUACGCAGUAUUUGACCUGCACUUCCACCCAAGACACAGGGACCUAUUUGCAAUUGCCAGCAGCGUGGGAUCAGUAUCUCUAUUCCAGGUAUCUACCUCCCAGGAAACAUCACUCCCCAGCAUUUCUCAACUAUGGAUGAAACAAGUCCACGAAGACCCGUCUAUACCGGCCCUCUUCCUCGCCUGGGCACCAGAGAACUGGUUCCGAACGUCCGCAGACGGCUUCGCCGUCACAUUCUCAGAUAGCCGGACCUCUGUCUUCGGGACGCACGGCUCCAUUCGCGAAGAUAUCGCAGAAUGGAACACAUACGAAGCAAAAGAUAUGAUCGAAGUCUGGUUCGUGGCAUUAUCAACUUCCGCAAACCCGAUUACCGGUACCCGGACGCCGUUCAUGUCCACAGGCGACGACUUUGCCAGGCUUCACACACGCCGAUUCGAUACGGCCGUGAUAGAUGACGAUGAUGAAGAUGUCGUGUCCAUGCUGCUGGAAUAUGAUGAUCGGGCUCGGCACCAUCAUGCUGGUGUCACGGCUAUCCUGCCUCUUGCGGUUCCUAUGGUGGAUGAUGCUCCGUUUCUUUUGACGGGGAGUUAUGAUGAGACUUUGCGCGUUUACCAUGCUACGCGGAGGGGGGAGGUCCUUGUGGAGGAGGGUCUUGAUGGUGGUGUUUGGAGACUGCAGUUGCUGGAUACGAGGAAGAUUCCUGGGUCGAGUGACGCGGUGGAGAGUGAUGAGUGGCGCUUUUUGGUGCUGGCGAGCUGUAUGCAUGCCGGUACGAGGCUGGUGCGGGUUACUUGUAAGAUGCAGGAUGGGGGCUCAGAAUGGGGGAUUGAGGUUCUGGCGAAGUUUACUGAGCAUGAGAGUAUGAAUUAUGCGAGUGGUGUGUGGAUGGGCGGGAAGGAGCGAGAGGAGAAGGGGGGCUCUUCGGAGCUUUUAAGCCAUGCCGUUGUGGACAUCUGCCCUGAAGCUGAGCGUACCUGGAUAGCAUCAUCUACUGUGUCUAUGUCGACUCAGAUCAUCGCUACUGGGAAGGUUGGAGCCGAAUUACUUUAA